AUGGCGUUAAGAAAGAAAAGACUACUUCCACAUCAAAGAAGGAAGAAACAAAACAUUAGAGACAAUCACCAAUCCUUGAUUGAAAAUCAACAACUACAAGCUAAAAUGAGACUAAAGAAGAAACAACAACAAAAGAUACAACAACAACAACAGCAAAAGGAAGACGAUGAAAUAGGAAUGUUUGGUGUAGAAUUAAGUAAGCUAAUGGAGUUACAAGGAGAGGAUUCUGGCGAUGUUCCAAUGUUGUUGACUGUGGUGUUGGACAAGAUCGUCGAGUUGGAAGGAUUGGAAACAGAGGGAAUCUUUAGAAUCAAUGGGAAUAUGCGUGAGGUGGACGCGAUUGCAUCGGAGGGAUUCGAUCCGGACGAUGAGGACAGCCAGCGUUACAGUGUCCACACAUGGGCAUCGCUGCUGAAGAAGUGGAUACGCGAACUACCGACACCUCUCAUUCCCCGACAGCUCUACAAGCGAUUCACAGAGUGCGAGUCGCCACUCGAGAUGAAGCUGCUACUCGACGAGGUGGAGUGUCCGACGACGCUGGCGGUGAUCGAUACACUCGGAAUGUUCUUUGGUCGCUUGCUGCAGCCGGACAGUGUCGCCAAGACCAAGAUGGACAUUGACAACAUCGCCAAAGUCUUGACACCAACACUGUUCCCACUGGCCACCGGCAACAACUCAAAACUCGAUUUACUCAGUGUAAUGAAUCAACAAAAGAAUGAAACCAACGCGAUCACACUGCUAUUAAUGUACUAUAAAGAAAAACAAUCAGAAGAACAACAACUUCAACAACAACAACAACAACAGCACCAACAAGAACUAGAAAGUCAACUACACAUCCCAGUAUCAAGUAUUCAACUUGAUCAACAAUCAAACAAACAAGAUGAUUUAUUUGUAAAUAAUUAUGAACAAACUACAACUGCAAUAGAUUCUAUUUAA